UUUUUGUCGUAUAGAACCGCAGGCAGCUUGCACUUGUUGAAAUACAUACAACACUUUUGAAUGGAUCAUUUCUUUACAAUAUUUUUCUUAUUUGUUACGUUCCACAUGGUUUUGACCGUAGUUUCUUUAAACUCUGUAUCAUCUUUUCUUCUCGUGUUCACAGCCCAAUCCCUUAAAACACCAAUUCUUUUCUCCAUCUAAUUGAUACUCUCUAUUAUUGCAAAAAUCUAUAAAAGCGCUUUCCGGACAAUUUUUUUACGGUAUUUUUUGAUAUGUUUGAUUCUAUGAUUUCGUUAAUAUUAUCGUCAGUAGUACAAUCAAAUCUUGAUCUUUUGAAAUAUUAAAUAUUUAGAAACGUCAAAAUCGAAAUAAAUCAAUUUAUCUACGCCAACGUGAAAACAGUACAUAAGAUCUGUUUUUAGUAUACUGUUGUACUGAUUAGUUGGUUGUCUUCAAUCAUAUUCAAAUUAAUCUACUGGAGCAAAAAAAAUUCUGUUAUACGAUCUCGAAAUUACAAAUUGAUUUUACCCGGUACUCAGGCUGAUUCAUUUUGAUAUCUGAGCUUAUACACUACAUAAAAUCAUCCCAGAUUCAUCGCAUUUUUUGGUUGUUAUUAAUUCAGGAAAUAUUUUGUUUAUUGUUUAGAAAAAAAAGUUCUAAUUAUUAAUUAAAUGAUUUAUAUAUUCACGUCAAUCGAAAUCCAGAAUUUCAUCGAAAUGUAAGAUUAAUAUUUUUUAUCGCACAAUUUCGAAUCCUUUAAUAAUAAAUUGCUAAAACAAGAUUUCUGCAAUCAUAAGCAAUAUUGACACUAAGUAGUUAUCAUGGUAUAAAAAUCAUUGACUUGAAUAAAUAGUAUACAAUUAAUCUAUUGAUUUUAAUUUUUAUACAGUUCCAUAUAAUGUCGACUUGAUAACAAAAUAUUCUCCAAUACGAUGGUUUUUGUGAUUUCUGUUAAUCAAAUCAAGUGAAGGAGAAGACAAGAAGACAAUUCAGUGGUCCGAUAGAUUUCUGCAGCUCUAUGGCCUUCAGCCUAUAGAAAACGAAUCACACUUGGUGGGAGCAUGAAUAAUGUUUACGUGACUGUAGCAUAACGCCGACUGAAACCACUGACUGUCAACAAUGGCGGAGUGUGUAGUGCGAGAGCUUCGCAGUUUCGAAGGUAUAUGAGGUGUGACAAAUAUAUCAAAAUAAAUGAUUGGAAACAACUACUUUCCUAGCUAAUGUCUCGACGAAUAUUGAAUUACAUCUCCUUUGAAGAGCGUGAUGAAAAUCGAUCUUUUUGUCGAUAUUAACAUCCCCAUUGGCUCGCAAUUGCAAAAAGAGGUUUGGUGAGCUGAGGUUACUAGAAAAAACUGUGGUAGAUAAAGAUACUAAUUCCAAUGAAUUUAACAACUCCAGCACAUUUAAACACAUGGUAGACAUCAAAUAUUUGAUAGUUUGUUUUUGAAUAAUUUUUCAAUGUUGUUUAGUAAAUUGUUGGUAAAUUCUAGUGCAAUCUACUUUCUUACGUCAAACAUACUUACCUAAUUACCAGAAAUAUAACUCACACGUUUAAUAAUAUUUUCAAAUUAUAUAUCAAUAAUUUUAUUUAUUUAAUGACCUUCUGUUCGUAGUUAUGGUGUAAUAAUACCAUGAUAACAAAUUCAAGGCUAAUAAUAAUUCAAAAUAUAUUGUUAAAUACUUGAGCUGAAACUUUAGAUUAUCUACUUUAAAUAUUAUUAUAAUUUAUAUACGAGAUUUGUUCCAAAAAUAUCGUGCGUACCUUCAUAGCCUCGAAAUCGUAUUAGUUUAAAGCGUUUUUUGUCCCGGAAUCGGAGUUUUAAUGAGGUUAACGAAGCUGUACAAAUUGGAGCUUUUUUCAAAUUGCAGCACAAUCUUCGAUGAAUUCACUGGAAACAUAUUUCUAAUAUUCAUCGUGUGCCUUCUCAGAGAGUAUUUGUGAUGCACUUUUAUAAUCAAAGGAUACAAACAACGUUGUUUUGUUGACUUUUGACGCGACUUUGACGCUCUUUUUUAGUUUCAUUAUGCUUCCACCAUUUCCAAAAUCACAACAAAACUUGAUUCAAGUUUAUUGGUCUAAUAUUUUUUGUACAAAAAAUGCGACUAACGAUAAAAAGUCCUUGUAAACAAACAAACGAACUAAAACACCACAGAGUUUAUGAAAAAUGAUUAGUGACGCCUAUGCACCACUGUUUUGACGCGGAUAUAUUAUUGUAUGCUAGAUACUUUUGAAACAAACCUCGUAUAUAGUGAAAAUAUAAAUUAAAUAUCUCAUACCAAUUCAAUUUAUAUAUAGUGUACCGUUUUAUGUAUCAUUUUUAAUCGUUAUCUUUGAAUUUAAAAAUUGUUUUUAUGUGACGAAGUUUUGUAUACAUCCUUAGCAAUAAUACAGUUUCUUUCACAAAGGUUUUUUAGUGAAUAAUUCAUUUCCUUUCAAAUCUGUUUAAUUUACGAUAAAUAAACUUCAAGCGAUUCUGAUAAUAUUUUUUAUCGUUUUUUUUUAUGAUGGCAAUGUGAAAUGCACAACCUAAAUAAUACAUUAAAGGUCGCGAAAAUACUUGAAUGAUUAGUUCGUUCUCGGAAACCAGACAGUUUAAUCACAUAGUUUUUAAAGUGAAAGUGUAUUGUCCAAUUUUUGUAGAUGAUUAAUUUCUUUUAUUCAAUAAUAUACUAAAAUGUUCUAUAAUGAUGACAACUUCUGAAGAUAUAGAAACAAAAAAAACUAUCAUCAAUAAUAAUAAUAGAAGAAGAAUUAGAGCUCUGAUAGCCUACUGGAUUCUCGGACUAUGCAACAAUUAUGGAUACGUAGUUAUGUUGACAGCUGCUAAUGAUAUAAUUAGCAGUCAAAUGGGAGGAGAUUCUUCCGAAAACAAGAAAAGUUCAACUAGAGAUUGUACGUAUCUAUCAACAGGUGCUAUUUUAUUAGCAGAUAUUCUGCCUGGACUUUGUUGUAAGAUGAUAGCUCCAUUCCUACCUUUUUUUGUACAUGUAAGAGUAGCCCUAUGUGUCAUCUUGGCAGCUUCAGGAUUCAUUAGCGUCGCGUAUAGCCAAACUUUAUUCGUAUCUCUUUUAGGAGUUGUAUUUACUUCAUUAGCUGCUGGCUUAGGGGAAGUUACCUACAUGCAGUACAGCACUUUCUUUGAUAGAAAUGUGGUGUCGACAUGGAGUUCAGGUACGGGAGGUGCAGGAAUAAUAGGGGCACUGUCUUACACUAUUUUAUAUCGCCUGGGCAUGAGAACUACUCUGCAAAUUUUGUUAGUAGUUCCCAUAACCAUGGGAUUGACAUUUUGGGUAUUACUUCCAACCCCCUCCGAAGAUGAUAUUGCUUUCGCUUUGGAAAUUCAAAAAUUGGUGAAUAAUGAAGAAGUAAAAAAUCCCAAAGCAGCAUUUGUAAAAAAAUUAAAGUUAUUACCGGGUCUAAUCAAAUAUAUCAUACCAUUCACUUUGGUAUAUGUAUUUGAGUAUUUCAUCAAUCAAGGAACUUUUGAAUUAAUUAGAAUUAAACAAUCGAGUAUGGACCCAGAGAAACAAUACAGAUGGUUCCAAGUAACUUAUCAAAUAGGAGUAUUUUUAUCUAGAUCUUCUGUUAAUUUAUUUCAUAUCAAACAAACUUGGUGGAUGACUCUGUUCCAAGGGAUAAACGUGGUGAUAUUCACUACAGAAGCCAUAUUUUAUUAUAUUCCGAAUUUCUACAUUGUUGUCGCACUUGUACUUUGGGAAGGACUACUUGGUGGAUCGUCGUAUGUUAAUACAUUUUACAGAAUUUCAAAUGAAGUAUUAGAAGAGAAUAAGCAGUUUUCGAUGGCCAUAACCACUUUUGGUGAUAGUAUUGGUAUCACACUUGCAGGAUUUUUGGCUAUUAUUGCACAUAAUCAGAUAUGUGAUUUGCCUCUUCCUCAAUAACAAGUAUUAUUAUGUUUUUAAAAACAUGUUAUUUAUUGACUUGAUAUAUUUUUAAUAAAGAUUUUCAACAA